UUUGGCCAAGCGACAAACAAACCGAAAACGGAAGGUAAACUGUUAGCGGACGGCAUUUGGAUUAUGGUUUACAAACGUUAAUGGGUCGGUCUGGUGCUUCUUUUCUUGCAAAAAUGGCUCCUGAUGACUUUAAACUUGCGGAUGUUUUCUCAUACGGAAGUCUCGUGCACGCAGUGGCGGGAGCAAUGGGCAGUAUGACAGCAAUGACAGUUUUCUUUCCCCUGGACACCGCAAGGCUUCGGCUGCAAGGCACGUGUUGGGGCUCUCAUACUGUGCGCUGAUCUGGCACAUGCUGGGUCUUGCAUGCCGCCUGUGUUGUUUUGCAGUGGAUGAACAGCGGAAAGCAAGGUCCACCCCAGCAGUUCUGGCUGAGAUUGUGAAGGAGGAGGGCCUGUUAGCUCCCUACAGGGGUUGGUUUCCAGUCAUCUGCAGUCUGUGCUGCUCCAACUUUGUCUACUUCUACUGCUUUCACAGUCUGAAGGCCACAUGGCUCCGGGGUCAGCGGUCAACCCCAGGCAAAGACUUAAUUAUCGGCAUUGUUGCAGGUGUAGUGAAUGUUCUCUUAACGACUCCGCUCUGGGUAGUCAAUACCAGACUCAAACUGCAGGGGGCCAAGUUCAGAAAUGCAAACGUACAACCCACACAGUACCAUGGGAUUAUGGAUGCCUUGGUGCAGAUUGUCCAGAGAGAGGGAGUGGGUGCUCUUUGGAAUGGCACAUUUCCUUCUCUGUUGCUGGUACUGAAUCCUGGUGUGCAGUUCAUGAUCUAUGAGGCUUUGAAGAGGCAACUGAGGAGAGGGGUAUUACGAGAGUUGUCCUCUGUGGAGGCGUUCCUGAUCGGAGCUGUUGCCAAGGCAGUAGCUACCACGGUAACCUACCCACUGCAGACAGUUCAGUCCAUCCUACGGUUUGGUCAGCACAGGCAGCCAACAGAGCAAUCCAAACUACUGAACAGCCUGAGGAGUGUUACAUACCUUCUAAUUAACAGAGUCCGGAGGUCGGGUGUACAGGGGCUCUUUAAGGGUCUGGAGGCGAAGCUGCUGCAGACGGUCCUUACUGCUGCGCUGAUGUUUCUGCUCUACGAGAAGAUCACUGCUGCCACCUUCAGGGCCAUGGGGGUCAAACAGCGGGUCCCCUCCCGCUGAUCACCUCAACUGGUGGUAAUUCAGGAUGCCUUGGGGCUGCCCUGGCUUAGUAGCUGCUAGGCUUUGUUUGUUUGGUCCAAGUUAAAUAGUAUGUAUUUUUGUAUUUCUGCAGUUCUGUGUACAUGCGUGUUCAACAUUUGUGCUUUUGCUGUCAGUGAGGCAUGUGUAGCCUGUUUACAAACAUAACUGCAGCUUUCCUCCAUACCACAGGGAACAGCAGUGAACGCUGGUGCUCGGAGCAUGUCAUUGUGGUCAUUUAGACCAUGCCUUACAGUCUGAUCUCACAAGAUGUCACUGUCGUCUCUGGCUUAAGAAGGACACUGCAAUUCAGUGUUUGUUAUUCAGAUCACUUGUAUUGACACUUCUACAAUGAGUUGAAACUGCAGAAGUUACAAAUGUGUUUAAUUUUCUUGGUCAAUCACAGCAACUGAUUGAUUUGAAAAAUAAAUGAUGAUUAAUUUUAA